AAAAAAAAAAAAGUAAGAGAGGGAAGAAAAAUUGAUUAGAAAGAUAGAGAGGUAGAGAAAAUGUAGAAGAAGAGUCGUUGGAGAUGAUCUAUGUUCGGCUACCUCAAUCUUCAAACUAAUUUUAUAUCGGAUCAAUAUUAUCUAUUAGGAUCUUUGUAUUGACGCAGUUAGACAUCAUUCAAAUCAUGAAAGAUAUCCAUAAGCAACCAUAUAAAUAUGAAUUAGUCACCACAUCAUAACCAAAAAAACUUAAAUAAUGAGUUUAGGACUCCUCUCACAUUUAUGUCUCAUAAUAUUUUUUUCAAAACAGUCCAAAUAUAGAUCGGACACUGAAUGAUUGAUUAUCCGACUAUGUCAAUUCAGUUGAUUGAAGUGAAUUCAAUUACCCGUAUAGAAAGUUUGGGGAUCUUGGUCUUAUCCGCUAACAAUUAUUGACUUGUUCAAAUAGAGAAGUAGCAAAACCCAUCACAUAAAAAGAAUUUGAAGUCAGCUCUGAAAUUUGCUUUGAUCAUCUCUGUAAUAAAUUUUCCUUCACCAGGUCAACUACACGUCUCGCCGCCAGAUGAAUAAAACAUUUCAAUUUUGUCUCCUACUUUGACAUAUCAUUCUUAUUCUCAUUCUCCAUCUCCCAAAACUCCCAACCAAUGGAACAACUCAGAUUCACCUCCUUCUUAUUCUUCUCCUCCUUACUAUUUUCAAUCCCUUUCAUCUCAGAAUCCAAAUGCACAAAAGGUUGUUCACCAGCUUUAGCCUCCUACUACCUAAAUUCAGGCGCCAACCUCACACAUAUUUCAGGUAUCUUCUCAUCUUCGAUUCUCACAAAACCCGAAGACAUAGUCGAUUACAACCAAGACACAAUAGCCAACAAAGACACCAUUAUAGCUGGUAAAAGAAUCAACAUUCCGUUUCCAUGUGAUUGCAUCGCCGGCGAGUUUCUCGCUCACACGUUUAGUUACGAUGUUCAAACGGGUGACACGUACGAAACCGUUGCUACGAACAAUUACGCUAACCUAACCAAUGUUCAGUGGUUGCAAAGGUUCAAUAGUUAUCCAGCUAAUAACAUUCCUGAUACUGGAACGCUUAAUGUUACUGUAAAUUGUUCUUGUGGGAACAGUGAUGUUGCCAAUUAUGGUUUGUUUCUUACUUACCCUCUUAGACCUGGUGAGACUUUGGGGUCUGUGGCAAAUUCAUCCAACAUUGAUUCUUCCUUGCUGCGGAGUUAUAAUCCCGGUGUUAAUUUCAAUCAAGGGAGUGGUCUCGUUUUUAUUCCUGGCAAAGAUCAGAAGGGUAACUUUGUGUUUUUGAGCUCCAGUUCAGGAGGUCUUGGUAGUGGGGUUAUUGCUGGGAUAGCUGUUGGUAUAGUGGUUGUUCUUCUGUCAUUGGCGGUUGCUAUAUAUUUUGGAAUCUUCCGGAAGAAGAAGAUACAGAAAGAGGAACUUCUUUCGCGAGAUUCCACUGCACUAUUUUCUCGAGGUAGGAUGGAUGAAAAUUCUCAUGGUGCUGCUAAUGUAACGACAAGGCAUGGUGUUCCUGCUGCUAUCACUGGCAUAACAGUGGACAAAUCAGUUGAAUUCUCAUAUGAUGAACUAGCAGCUGCCUCAGAUAACUUUAGCUUGGCUAAUAAAAUUGGUCAAGGAGGUUUUGGCUCUGUCUACUAUGCAGAGCUAAGGGGAGAGAAAGCUGCAAUCAAGAAGAUGGAUAUGCAAGCAUCGAAAGAGUUUCUUGCUGAAUUGAAAGUCCUUACACGUGUUCAUCAUCUUAACUUGGUGCGGUUGAUUGGAUAUAGUAUUGAGGGGUCUCUUUUCCUUGUCUACGAAUUCAUUGAGAAUGGAAACUUGAGUCAACAUUUGCGCGGUUCAGGUAGAGAUCCACUGCCAUGGGCUACACGUGUGCAGAUUGCUUUGGAUUCUGCCAGAGGUCUUGAAUAUAUCCAUGAGCAUACAGUUCCUGUAUAUAUUCACCGCGACAUAAAGCCAGCAAAUAUAUUGAUAGAUAAAAACUUCCGGGGAAAGGUUGCUGAUUUUGGAUUGACCAAAUUGACGGAAGUUGGAAGCUCAUCACUUCCAACAGGUCGUCUUGUUGGCACAUUUGGAUACAUGCCACCGGAGUAUGCUCAAUAUGGAGAUGUUUCUCCCAAAGUAGAUGUUUAUGCCUUCGGAGUUGUUCUUUAUGAACUUAUUUCGGCGAAGGAAGCUAUUGUCAAGACAAAUGAAUCUGUUGCUGCAGACUCAAAGGGACUUGUAGCUCUGUUUGAAGGAGUUCUUAGUCAACCUGAUCCUACAGAAGAUCUUCACAAACUAGUGGAUCCAAGACUAGGGGAUACCUACCCUGUAGAUUCGGUUCGCAAGAUGGCUCAACUAGCCAAAGCGUGUACACAAGAAAAUCCUCAACUGCGUCCGAGUAUGAGAUCAAUUGUGGUUGCUCUUAUGACACUUUCUUCAAGUACAGACGAUUGGGAUGUUGGUUCCUUUUACGAAAAUCAAAACCUUGUGAAUCUUAUGUCAGGAAGAUAGGAUUAUACCAACACAAAUAUUUUGUAUUUAUUUACAAUGUUUGGAGUCGGUUUCUGACAUUGCAGCAAUUGUCAAAACAAACAAUGUUUGUAAAAUGGAUUUGGCAAUUAGGAAUUUGUACAGUUUACUAGUCUGGAUUCAGUAGAAAGGGGGGAGGGAUCAACAAUUUUAUCAUUAUUUACCAUCAAUUUACACAUUAUUAUGUUAGGCAUUGAGACGUGCAUCUGUUUCUGCCCAGGUACAUGAAUCCCUGUAAGUUUGUGUAAUAAAUUUUGAGGCCUAUUGGGGUAUAUUUGUAAUGAAGUAUAGCUAAUUACAUAAUACAAUUAACAGUUAACAAUUGAUUGUA